AUGAUACACAUCCAUAUCUACAAAGUACUCUCUUACUCCCAUGAUAUAAUCAAUCGAUGUGAUCUGGAAGUUAUCUUCUGCGACAACGAAGCACGUGCGGAAAGCUUUAUCAAUAAGAUGGUUGCUGGAAUGAUCAAGUCGCCGAAAAAGCUGAUCCUCCUGAAUACAACUAGCAAACAACCGAAUGGUGCUCACGGAUUUGUGCAAGGCUUGGAGGUGUACACUUAUGACUACAUUUAUGCCCUUGGUGAGCAGCACCUUACGUCAGUUGUUCCGCCGUCUCCGGAAUCCACCUAUAUUAUAUGCUUUACCAGUGGGACUACAGGUCAACCAAAAGGAGUUAUGCUUUCGCAUCGUUCCCUAUUGGCUGCUGUCGCCGGCAUCUACAUACAAUUUACCUCACCACCUAAUAAUCUUUCUUAUGGAAGGAAUGAUGUUUAUUUUAGCUUUUUGUCCCUAGCUCAUAUCUAUGAGCAUCUAAUGCAGACGUUUACCAUCUACAACGGGGGUCGAAUUGGCAUAUACGGUGGAGAAGUGUCUCGUCUUCUCUCUGAUAUUCAGGUCUUUUCUGAUUUUUCUUGAAA